UUAGUCAAGACACAUGCUUUGAAAGCCAGGUGAUCAAUCAACAGCUACUCUAUAAAUGAGGCAUCCAAGCUCAUCAUCUAACCACACAAACACAAACCGACAGAUCAUUAAGUGAAGAACAUCUCUUUGUUCUUUCUUUGGACAGAUCGGAAUGGGGAAGAGCCGCGGCAGCAUCGCUUUCUUCGGCACCUACAGGCCACCGGUGCCCCUGGAUAUCUUCUCCUGCCCCGCUAAUCCGCCGCCGCAGUCUGCCAAGGACGAGCUGCUCCUCACCGACGGGGAGUCAUACAACCAGAACGGGCAGCCCAUCCCAGCAGCGGCGCUCAAAGAGCUCCUGACGUUCUUGGGCAAGAAGAACCCGAAGCUGGCGUCGGAGUGCGGCGCCACCCCGGAGGACGCGGAGAAAGGCCGCGUCACCGGCCUGGUGUUCGUCUCCGAGAGGGACAGGGGCCUGGAGACGCUGCACGUGGCUUUGCGCUUCGUCGCCGGCGGCAAGCAGGUCAAGGUGCUGAGCCUGGGCAACAUCUACGGUGCCGACACCUUCGGCGGAGUGCGCAUGGAGGACAGCGGCUGCGUCGCUGGCGGCUUCAAAGUUGGGCGUACCACCGUCGGCCACUCCCUGGUGUACGUGUCCACCAAGGCGCCGGUGAAAGCACGGCGCACCCCGUGGACCGUGGUGUACAGAACCGACCUCGCCGACGGCAAGACCGAGCGCCUGACGCCGCUGGGCCAGUACGAUCUGAGCCCGGCGGUGUCGCCGUCCGGGAAGAUGGUGGCGGUGGCCAACUUCCAGCAGAACAGGUGGAACGGCGAGAUCGAGAACCUCAAGACGGACAUUGUGGUCAUGAACGUGGACAAACGAGCGCAGGGCCGCAGCGACCGCAAGGUGCUCAUCAAGGACGGCGGCUGGCCGACGUGGGGCAGCGACAACGUGAUCUUCUUCCACCGAGGCUUCGACACCACGCCGCCCUCCAACACCGCCAGGUGGGGCGUCUUCCGGUUCGACAUCGCCGCUGGCAAGGAGGAACGCGUGACGGAUGAGAGCAUCGAUGCCAUGACUCCGGCGGCCAUCAGCGAGACCCAGGUGGCCGUGGCGACCGUCCGCGAGAAGUCCAAGCAGGUCCUCAUGAAGGUGGAGCGCGUGGUGACGCAGUACAGGCACAUCGAGAUCUUCGACACGGCCUCCAAGACGUCGGUGCCCAUCACCCAGAAGACGAGGCCUGAAGGGGACCACUACAACCCCUUCGUGCUCGACGGAGGAACACGCGUGGGCUACCACCGCUGUCGAACCGACAAGCUACUCAAGGUCCAAAACCAAAAGAGUACUCCGACGACAAGCAUCCAGAGGAGGUUCGACAAGGUGCAGCCCCCGGAGUCGCACGCCGACGUGGGGCUCUUCAGGGUGACCGGCGUGUUCCCGUCCGUCUCCAAGAACGGCAAGAAGCUGGCGUUCGUGGACAACGAGUUCAAGGCCGUGUGGCUCGCCGACGGCAGGGGCCUCCGCGUGGUGUACAAGGUGAGGGCCACCAAGAGCGUCUUCUCCACGUCGUGGAACCAGAACGACGACCUGGACACGCUCUACGUCUGCGAGGGGCCGGCCUUCUCGAUCGACAAGCCGGUGCAGAUCAUGAGGAUCCCCAACGUGUCCCGGGAGGACUACGAGAACAUGGAGACGUUCCCGCUCACCGACGAGGAGUACAACUGCGCGUUCCCGUCCACCAACGCUGAGGGCACCAAGCUCGUGUUCCGGUCAAGCAGGAACAGGGUGGCCGGAGGGGAGAGGCAGCACAAGAACCUCUACAUCAUAGACGCGGAGAAGGGGGAGGCCGCCGGUGUGGUCCCGCUCACCGACGGCCCCUGGACCGACACCCACUGCAGCUGGUCGCCGCGGGAGGGCUGCGACUGGAUCGUCUUCUCCUCCACCGGCAGGCCCGAGAAAGACAUAGUCAAGGGCAAGGACGAGCCGGAGAAGGACCACGGCUUGGACCCAGGCUACUUCGCCGUGUACCUGGUGAACGCCAAAGACAUCAAGAAGGGCGAGGUGCCGGUGCCCGUGCGGGUGAUCCACAGCGCGCCCACUAUCGCCGGGCACAUCAACCACCCCGUGUUCAGCCCGGACAUGAAGAGCAUCGUCUUCGCCGCCGACCUCGCCGCGGUCUCCGCCGACCCCAUCUCCAUGCCCCACUUCACGCACUCGGUCAGGCCCUACGGAGACAUCUUCUCCGUCAACCUGCGUGACACCACGGACAUGGCCAAGAACAGGGACAUCCAGGAGUUCCACCGCAUCACGCACAGCCGCUACGAGUACUCCACGCCGACAUGGACCGGCAUUGCCGACGACGAGGAGGACCCCAACGCCAAGUGGAAGAUGCUGGAGAGCCUGCCCAACUUCACGCCGUGGUGCCCGUACGCGCGCGGCGAAGCCGGCGAGAAAGAGGGUUGGCACAUGACCGGACACCUCACCAUCCAAAAGCGGUGCUGCUGAAGGAAGCUGAUGAUCAGGCUAUUGACGUUGUUACUUCAGCUGUGGCCCCAAGGUGUUCCAGACUGUGGCUUUUGCAACGGCUGGAUGAAUAAGUCAGUUUUGAGUUUGUUAUGCGUGCACGAGAGAUGUGGCGAGCUGCAGGAGUUGGCGACCGCGUCAGGUCGUGCGUUGUGGGCGUGAGUUUUGCGCGGCGUUGAAUCCAGGAGUUCCGGAUCGUGGGAUGGCGCGAUUUGAGCCUAGGAUUCCUUUUUCUGUUUAUGGAGUAUAAGUAGCAGAAUAGCUAAAUUUCCAUUUGUAAGUUUCUUUAUUCAGUUGAAUGAAAUCUACAGAAAAUUCCACACGCA